AAAUCUGCAUUGUAUAUAGCCUAUGGUCAAAUUGUGUAAUAUAACCUCGAAAUCGUCUGUCAUGUUGAAAGAUGUGUUUUCUAAUUUUCUACUUAUUUAUGGAAAGUUGUGAAAUUUAUUUAUAUAAUUGAUAUAAUUAAAUAUAUGUGUUGAAUUCUCCGUCAAAUAAUUUACAGAGAAAACAUUGAUUGCAUAGUCACAUCUGUGCUGGAUUUUUGCGAAAAAUUGUAAUACUUCCUUUACAAAGAACGUUAUUCUAAUUUACUGAAGUAACAGUUGAAAUUGAACGCUCCAACAAUGAAUAUGACAAAGAAAAUAAACGUCAACUUUUCAUCUUUGGUGGGUCUGAAAGCAGAGUUGUUGAGAAAGCAAGCUGAAGUAAAUGAGGUCAAGUUGAAGACCGAACCUGUUAAUGUGCCGCUAAUAAAUAAGAAAAAGAGCAAGAAAGUUGUUGCGGAUGACACAGAAAAAACCACUAAGAGAUCCAUAGACUCGGAGGACAUUGUCGCUCACAAAAAGUCAAAAUUAAUGUUGGAAGCCAAAGCAAGGUUGUAUGAGAGAUUAAAGAAAUCAAAGAACAAUAACGAUAAAUUUCUCGUCGAUUUUGAGAACAAAUUGGAUGAGCCCAACGACGAAGAAUUUGUGGACGAAACAGUUGAGAAAGAAUAUCCUAUAGAGCCAGAAGAAAAUUGGGUGGAGUAUCAGGAUUGUUUUGGACGUACCAGGAAAUGUUUGCGAGAGGAUCUACCACAUAUGCAGAGGAAGGACGACUUGAUAAAGCAGGAAAUAAUGAAAUCUGCAGAUGAGAACAAAGAAGAGGAAAACAAAGAUCAGUAUCCUGUUCAGGAGAAAGAACCUGAAAUAGAAAUCAUGAGAAGAAAAUGGGAGGAACAAACACGAAAGCUCGCGGACAAGGUUGACAUACAUUAUCAAGACAUACUGUUUGACGAGGCGCGAACACAUGGUGUUGGUUACUAUGCAUUCUCGCAAGAUGAAGAGGAGAGAGUGAAGCAGCAGGAAAAUUUAUCAAACCUGAGGAAGGAAACCGAGAGGAAGCAGAGGGAGAUGAAGGAGCUCAAGGAAUUGAAGGAGAAAAUGGAACAGAACAGACUGAAAGCAGCGAGAAUAAGACAACGUAUCAGAGCUGGUUUGCCAGCGGAGCCUACAGAGGAGGAGAUAGCCCAAGAAAACAACAAGUUAAUCGAUUCGACUGACAAUAUUAAUAUUACUGAGGAAGACGAAUCUGCUAAAAAGGAUAAAGAGAAGUCUAACGAAGAGAACGAUUGUACGUCCGCAAGCGUCAAUGAAUCUGCUGGGGAAAAAGAGAUUAGCGACGAGGAUAAAAUAAGAGCCUUUGGGGAGCUUCUGGACAAGAAAAAUCAUUGGCACGUAAUGUCGCAGGAGGAAUGGGUAGAUAAAUGUAGAGCGCAAAGAAUCAGCGAAUUUGGGCCAGUUUACGCUAAUUUUAUGAGUGGUGGGUUUUACAAUACCUCUCAGAGCAUCGACGAGCAGUCGGCACAUACAGAAAGUAAAGAAUUGGAUGACACAGAUACUCGUGACUCUCAGAAAUCUGUUCGAGAAUCCAAUGGCAAUUUACAGAAUCGUGAGGAUAGUAACAAUUCUGUUAGUAAUGAGGUGGUUUCCAUCGUAAAAGAUAUCGAUAACCAAAAUGAUAAAAAUACUUCAUCAGAAUAUAACACAACUAAUGACAGACCUCAUGAAUUAUCCGAAGGUACAAUAGGUCCCACAUUGCCUCCCACUGUAACUAUAUCCAAUCUACUUCAGAGACAAACGACCGUUUCAUAUCCGCUAUCUCAUCUAACCAGCAGUUAUUCACGAAAUAUAUAUGGAUAUUCUGAAAUAUACACGCCUGAAUGCCAACAAGAACAGAUAGAUGCCAUGAACAUCCCUCUUCCUGGCGAAAAUAUUUCAGCUUCAGCUUCUAGCAGUAACGUUCACGCGAAGAAAGAAUCAUUGCCACGAAGCAUCAAUGAAGAUAACAUUAUGGCUGGUCUUAAGUACUUAAGAGAAAAAUUUGAAGCAAGUCACAGUAAAUGGACAUAAUAAAGAAUUCAUUAGUACUAUACUGAAUGUAAUUUUAUUGUAUAUAAUUGGUAAUUUAAUACAUAUUAUUUUAUAAAAAAAUAAA